CUGGAAUGCUUCGUGGGAGGCUGGAUCUGGGUUAGUUUCAUCAGCUGUGGGAGGGAAACCUAGUUGCGUCAGGGUUAUAUUGUGCAGGUUUGGGGUGCUAGGGGUGGAGAGUGAUAUCUGGCAGUGAAAUCUGAUCCUUCAAAGGAGGGUGAGAACCAUUUCUCUGCUGCUCUGGCGAAAUCUAGGCGGGACGGUGAGACAGUUUAACGCUUUGGAAGUAAACAAACCUGAUUCCCUUUUACAGACACGGAAAGAGGGGUCACUGAACUGACGGCUGGAAGAGGAAGAUGCCUAGUUCGGACCUUCUAAUGUUGAAGGCCUUUGAGCCCUACUUUGAGAUUUUGGAAGAAUAUUCCACAAAAGCCAAGAAUUAUAUAAAUGGGCAUUGCACCAAGUAUGAGCCCUGGCAGCUAAUUGCAUGGAGUGUUAUGUGGACUCUGCUGAUAGUCUGGGUUUAUGGGUUUGUCUUCCAGCCAGAGAGCUUAUGGUCAAGGUUUAAAAAGAAAUGUUUUAAGCUCAUCAGGAAGAUGCCUAUUAUUGGUCGCAAGAUUCAAGAAAAGUUGAACGAGGCCAAGGAUGAUAUUAGGAAGAUCACGUCAUUCCUGACAGUGGACAAAGAUUAUGUGAAAGCUCUGCCCUCCAAGGGUCUGAGCUUGCCUGCAGUUCUGGAGAAACUCAAGGAGUACAGCUCUAUGGAUGUCCAGUGGCAAGAAGGGAGAGCCUCUGGAGCAGUGUACAGUGGGGAGGAGAAUCUCACUGAGCUCCUUGUGAAGGCUUAUGGAGAUUUUGCAUGGAGUAACCCAUUGCAUCCAGAUAUCUUCCCAGGACUUCGUAAGAUAGAGGCAGAAAUUGUGAGGAUAACUUGUUCCCUGUUCAAUGGGGGACCAGAUUCCUGUGGAUGUGUGACUUCUGGAGGAACAGAAAGCAUACUGUUGGCCUGCAAAGCUUAUCGAGACCUUGCCUUAGAGAAGGGAAUCAAAACUCCAGAAAUUGUGGCUCCCCAAAGUGCCCAUGCUGCAUUUAACAAAGCAGCCAGUUAUUUUGGGAUGAAGAUGGUGUGGGUCCCACUGACCAAGGUGAUGGAAGUGGAUGUGCGGGCAAUGAGAAGAGCCAUCUCCAGGAACACUGCCAUGCUUGUCUGUUCCGUCCCACAGUUUCCUCAUGGUGUGAUAGAUCCUGUCCCUGAAGUGGCCAAGCUGGCUGUCAAAUACAAAAUACCUCUUCAUGUAGAUGCCUGUCUGGGGGGCUUCCUCGUCGUCUUUAUGGAGAAAGCAGGGGACAAGGUAUGCCAGACAGAAUUGCACUCUUACCUGUCCGCUUCUUCCCCUCAGUAUGGCUACGCCCCCAAAGGCUCUUCAGUGGUGUUAUACAGUGACAAGAAGUACAGGAACUAUCAGUACUUCGUUGAUGCAGAUUGGCAGGGUGGCAUCUACGCUUCCCCAAACAUCGCAGGCUCACGGCCUGGUGGCAUUAGUGCAGCUUGUUGGGCUGCCUUGAUGCACUUCGGUGAGAACGGCUAUGUUGAAGCUACCAAACAGAUCAUCAAAACGACUCGCUUCCUCAAGUCAGAACUGGAAAAUAUCAAAGGCAUCUUUGUUUUGGGCAAUCCCCAAUUGUCAGUCAUUGCUCUGGGCUCCCGUGAUUUCGACAUCUACCGACUAUUUAACCUGAUGACCGCUAAGGGGUGGAGCUUGAACCAGUUGCAGUUCCCACCCAGUAUUCAUUUCUGCAUCACAUUAGUACAUACCCGGAAGCGAGUAGCCAUACAGUUCUUAAAGGACAUCCGGGAAUCUGUCACCCAAAUCAUGAAGAAUCCUAAAGCAAAGACCACAGGAAAGGGUGCCAUCUAUGGCAUGGCCCAGGCAACCAUUGACAGGAACAUGGUUGUGGAAUUGUGCUCGGCCUACUUGGACAGUUUGUACAGCACAGACAUUAUAACCCAAGAUAGCCAGAUGAAUGGUUCUCCAAAACCCCACUGAGCUUGGAUCCUUUCUAGGGGCUUCUGGCCUUCAGAAGGUUCUGGGGGUAUGGAAGAGAUGGAAGAGGCCACAUACAACUUUGACAUCUGGUCUUGCUCCAUAGAGGACAACAAGAUAGACCACAAGACAGCUUGAUCCUCAGGAUUCUUGUUCCUCCUUUUGUCAUCCUUUUGUGGUUUUUAAUUUGAAGACCCUGAAGGAUCCCAUUAUGUUAUGAUUUUGCCCUUGUUUUAAAUGUUACCUUAGGAACUGUUUUAACCAUUUCCUUCACUAACCUCUCUGGCUUUCAUCUUCACUUAAUCAUUGCAUGGUGGUUCUGACCUGUCCUGAUUCCUUAGGGAAGCUGGGGUACAGUUUUUGAGAUAGCAAAAGUGUUUCUUUGUUAUCUCAGGCAGAUAUUUUGGGUAGUUAGAUAGGAAGCAUUUAUGUAACAGAUGUUUCCCCAGGUGAAUAUUAGAUGUACUCUAAGCAGGAGGCUUUUUCAGCCCUCCUCUCAAGAGUAGGUUAGCUGUCUCUCUUAGAAUCACUUUCAUUGCAACUCACUUUAUUUUUUCUGGGCACAGAUGGAACAAGCAGUUGUUUCCUGUUAUGCAGGACUGGAGUGGUCGAGCAUAUCUUCUCCAUCUCCCAAGGUGGGGUUUGGAGUAGUCCAUUGGUCCUCUUCUGUGCUUGUAGUGGACUCCCAUUUGACACUUUGUUGCCACCAUCUUUGGAGAUUCUUGUUUGAAUGGAUGCUCCCACUGGUUUGUUCUUGUUUCCAUGAGCUAGGGAGAGAACAUUGUUUCCAGAGAAUCUAGGACUUUCUGGCCAUGAUGCUGCCUGCCUGGAUUGGCAGUGGUCAGAGCACAUCGGGAUCCUCACCUGGGCGGGGGAUGAGCAGAAAGCAGGUCCUCUUCUAAACUUAUCUGAGCACCAGAGUAGAAUGAGCACCCAGGUUCAGUUAUGUGGUGUUGGCUGUCCCCUCCCCCACUGCUCGAAGCCAUCAUGUAAUGAGAAUAUGUUUGCUUGAAGGAACAGCUUGAAGCACCUUCACAAGUUGCCUUGACUUACAUUAGAUGGAUGUGAAGAGAUCGCAAGAGAGUCCCCAUAGCAAGGAAAAAUUUCUCUCACCAUUAGUGUGUGCUUUCUGCCUCUUCCCCCUUUCUUCAGCUUCCAAAGGUACUAUGUCAGUUUAGCCUCAGGUACUGGGCGCCUCUCAGCCUUGGCUAAAAGGGAGCAGAGUUAGAUGAGAUAAACAUUUUGGAAUAGGAAAGCAUGAUGGCAAGCAGCCAUUGGGGCCUAGGGCCUGGAAUUCCUUCAUAAGACUAGUUGCUCAGGGCGGUACAGGGACAGGACCAAACCCUGCACCCACUUCCUACCCUCUUCUCCCUUGCUUGGGGCCCUGGUCCAGGUUGGGCCGCUGUCCUGCUCUAAUGACAUCAUCUUGUGUGCCUUCCUCUUCAGCAGUGAGCAGUGAGCUAUUCCUGGCCAAGGCCCUAGGGGAAAUGGAUCAGUCUUUGAGGUUUCUGUUUGGGUAGGGGAGGUUCUUAGGACCAGUCAGGAGAAACUUUGUUCUGUUCCUUUCCCCUUCUCAGGGACUCCUGAAUAUUCAGCCUCUCCACACUGGUAUCCUUUAGCCUCUCCCACUGUGAAUGCUGGCCAGUAGAGCCAAGACUACCAGACUUUUCCUCAAGCUCCUUAGCAUGUUUGUCUGACAUGUUCUUUAGCACUGUACUUCUUACCCAAUAACUGGCCAUGUUAUUGUAGGGUUGGUGUGGUAUGUAUGUGUGUGUGUGUUUUCCUCCAGCUUGUUCUGCAGUGUCCUGUGGGUUCCAAGAGUGGUUAAUGUUUGUGUGUGUGUAUGUGUGUGUGUGUGUGUGUGUGUGUGUGUGUGUGUGUGUAUGUCAGAGGGAGAGGCUGAGAUCCUUAGGACAUGGGAGUCAUAUGUUUCCUCCCAGUUGCUGAACAGGCGGGCAUUUCCUUGAUAGAAUAGCUGUUGUUGGAGCUGUGCACGAAUCACCUCGGGUCUCUACUGCAUUCUGUUGGAGGAGACCCAGGGACCCAGAACCACCCAGCAGGAACCACUGUGACUUGCUGGUUGCUAACAUGGAGAAGCAUGUGCCCUAGAGUAUGCCAGUGCUUCCAGUCCUGGUCUCCCAGGACCAGACUCCUGAGCCACUCACUUCCUCUGUGCUGUGACAACAUUGGCGCCAAGGGGCAGUGGUGGUUUUCAAAAAGACCUACUGUAACCACUUUAAUUGUUAUGAUUAAGAGCCUUAGUUUGACUUAACACUUUUGCAGGCUUUUCACUUUGAGUGUAUUUGUGCGCGUGUGCAUGUAGUAAUACCUAAUCUGUGGCAGAGGUGGAGAUAAUAUCUUGAUAGUAUCAUGUUGCUAGCAGAUGUCACAUUGGCCUCUGCAAAAAAACCGUUGUGUUGUUUCUGCGUUAGAAAUAAGUAGUCGUGUGAUUAUACUGCCAUGUCACUUUUAACGUUAUCAGUUUUAUACUUGGAAAAUGGUACUUGCCUCUUUUAAAUCCUCUGUCUUCUCUAACCUCCUCCUUCCCAACUCAAUGCUCCCUUUCUGAUUGCAGCAAUAAUCCCUUGAAAAGCAAUUAAAUAAUUAAAUGUCCCCAAUUGUAA